GGGGCAAAAUGGCGGAGUAGGGGCGAGGCGGCGUGGCCAGCGCUCACCGUGCCGCGUCCCGCGCAGGAGGCGGGCGGGUCCCCGGGCGGCGGUCGGCGGCGGUGCGAGGCGGAGCGGGGACGAGGAGAAGGAGAAGAGCGUCGGUGCCGCAGCCGCCACCAUGCCCAACAUCAAGAUCUUCAGCGGGAGCUCGCACCAGGACCUGUCGCAGAAGAUCGCGGACCGCCUCGGCCUGGAGCUGGGCAAGGUGGUCACCAAGAAGUUCAGCAACCAGGAGACAUGUGUGGAAAUAGGCGAGAGUGUACGUGGGGAGGACGUCUACAUUGUGCAGAGUGGCUGUGGUGAAAUCAAUGACAAUCUGAUGGAGCUCCUUAUCAUGAUAAAUGCCUGUAAGAUUGCCUCAGCCAGCAGAGUCACAGCUGUCAUACCUUGCUUCCCUUAUGCUCGGCAGGAUAAAAAGGACAAGAGUCGAGCUCCAAUCUCUGCCAAGCUGGUUGCAAACAUGCUGUCUGUGGCAGGUGCAGAUCAUAUAAUCACCAUGGACCUGCAUGCAUCUCAGAUUCAGGGCUUUUUUGAUAUCCCUGUUGAUAACUUAUAUGCUGAGCCUGCUGUACUGAAGUGGAUCAAAGAGAAUAUUGCAGAGUGGAAGAACUGCACCAUUGUUUCACCAGAUGCUGGCGGAGCCAAGAGAGUGACCUCCAUUGCAGAUCGAUUGAAUGUAGACUUCGCCCUCAUUCACAAGGAGCGCAAGAAGGCAAACGAAGUGGAUCGCAUGGUCCUGGUGGGUGAUGUCAAAGACAGAGUGGCCAUUCUGGUAGAUGAUAUGGCAGACACAUGUGGUACCAUCUGUCAUGCUGCAGACAAGCUUGUGUCAGCAGGCGCCACCAAAGUUUAUGCUAUCCUAACUCACGGGAUCUUUUCUGGGCCAGCAAUCUCUCGCAUCAACAACGCCUGUUUUGAGGCAGUUGUGGUCACAAACACGAUACCCCAGGAGGACAAGAUGAAGCAGUGUCCUAAAAUCCAGGUGAUUGACAUCUCGAUGAUCCUUGCAGAGGCCAUCAGGAGGACUCAUAAUGGGGAAUCUGUCUCCUACCUAUUCAGCCAUGUCCCUUUAUAACAAGAGAUGUCAGCUGCUGCUUGUAUGGCUUGUUUUUUAAACCAAAAGUUGUUCAGCUUGUUGUAAAGUUCAGUAGAAGACUCUGCUUGUUCCAGUGCAGCUCUCCACAGCUCCUCCUGCUUAAGUCAGCCUUACUGGCUCUGAUCCCAGCACUGGGAGGCUGGAGGAGGGAAGCUCAUCUCUAACACUCCCAACUCCACCAGCAACCCUGUGCAUGGGGGCUCAGCAGUAAUCCUGACUCAUCUCUGCGGGUCUGUGGAGAGCGGGACUGACCCAUGGCUUACUGCCACAAUUGUUUUGGGGGAGGGUUAGAUGAUCUGGCAUGCAAACCCUAAAUUGCUUGGGAAGUAGAGCUCCCUAGGAUGUGUUGAUGUGGAUCUACAGCAAGAGCCCGAGAGACUGCUGGCUGUCUUACCCCUCUAUACCUGAUAGAAGCCCUUCAAGAGCGAUGGGGAAGGUUUGUAUCUUGGCCAAGCUUGACCCUAGGUAAAACCCUGGGGGACACCUGGGAGGUGGUUCUGCUACAGCUUUCUCCCAUGGAAGGAGGUCAGUGUCGCUUUCAACCUUGAGCUCAUCUUAUUAAUGAAAUUAGAUGUCCUUUAAUCAUGCUGCACAGCAAAGUGAAGGUGAGAGCAUAGUCUGCAGUACUGCCCUGCUGUAGGAAGUUAGAGCUCAAGAUUCACCCUGGACAAGCAUUCUUCUCCCUCUUACGCAGAGGACUGAUGGUGGUUGUGUGCUUUAGUUUCUAGUGUAGGCUGAAACCAGUUGCUCAGUUUGAGAGCUGUUGGCCUUGCUAGUGAUGGGAGGAGUGCUGCCCUGUACUAUAGCUGCACCUUGACUUGCUGUGCAAAUCCUGGAUCCUUUUUUUACCAGUACACUCGUAAACUGAGCCUCUUUAUCCCAUAGUAGCUUGGUUGUUCCAUCUAGCAAGUGCCUGCUCAGACACUGGGUGGCCUAACACGCAACAGCUUUGUGUCCAGCUGUCUUAGCCUCUCAUUGCCUGCAAUCCUGUUGUCCUGUAAGUUACUGACACAUUCUGGUUGCUUGCCCUGGUCACUGUCUGCCUUGCCUUGAAAGUUGCUCCUUGCAAAAGGUCUUAAACCAAGGAACAUAGGAGGUUGCAGGACUACAAAACCUGAAGAAGGCCUUGGAGUGGGUUCGAUGCUGCUAAUGGGUGCUUACAGCAAUGGGUUGGAGAGGCUGGUGGUACAUAGUACUGGGAAAACCAUGGAUCCAGCACCAACCUGACAGGCAGCAAAGUGCCUGAAAGAAAACUACCAAACCUAGAGCUGGCUGAGGUUCCCAGGUGUAGGCAUCACCUGAAACUUGAAUCCUGAGUAACUGUACCAGACAAUCAGAAGGUAAACUGCUAAGUCUCUCCUGGACUCUUGUGGGGUUACAGACCAAGCUCUUACAUGUGCUGGUUUUUAUAAGCACUCCUCUUCUGUUUGUUUUUGAGGAAGGGAAAAAGGGAAAAUAAGGAACUCGAAAUGACUUGCUAGGGUAACCAGCACGGCUGGGAGAGGCUGGGGGCUGGGGUGUCAGUGGAUCUAACUGGAAGACUUGGUUAAGAUCUAGGGAAAAGUACUUCCUUAGUUGUGCCUUUUACUGAAGACUUCUCUCCCUUCCUACAACUCCUGUCCUGUGGCAACGUUACUACUUCUAUUCCAGUGUGGGGCUUUUCCUUAUGUAUAAGAUUUGGUGUCUGUCCAGAAAGUGUGUCUCUUGCUUCCUUGCUUUGCAUCCUGCACUGAGCUCUCCCGAGAGUCUGAUUCCUGCCUCCUGUGUUUGGAGCCCCUGCUGCCACUGCCAGUGCCCUGCGAGCCCAGAGCCGGGGCAUUGAGCAGGAUUUUCAGCAGCGUUUGUGUUUAAACCUGAUGAAGGAAUUAAACUUUUAUUUAAAAGCC